AUGACAUCCAGCAUCAUUCCCUCCUCUUGCUCCCAGGUGAAGACACACCGAUAUUUCAUGAUUAACUUUGAGAACCCGCUAGCGGCAAGGGGGGGCAUCUCUGCCAUGGAGUGCCUGGGGGACUGUGGUAAUAGCACCAUAAACAAUGGGACUAAUUCUGGGGAAGAGGGCCCCCCAUACUCCCUGCAGGUCACACUGGCACUCAUCUCCCUGGUGGGUAUUCUCAUGCUCUUCACAGUAUUUGGCAAUGUCCUGGUGGUCAUCGCAGUGUUUACAAGCAGAGCUCUCAAAGCCCCCCAGAACUUGUUCUUGUUCUCCUUGGCCUCGGCGGACAUUUUAGUGGCCACUCUGGUCAUGCCCUUCUCUUUGGCCAAUGAGGUGAUGGGCUACUGGUACUUUGGCAAGGUGUGGUGCGAGAUCUACUUGGCUUUGGACGUCCUCUUUUGCACCUCCUCCAUCGUGCACCUGUGUGCCAUCAGCCUGGACCGUUACUGGUCUAUCACUCAAGCCAUCGAGUACAACCUCAAGAGGACCCCCCGCCGGAUCAAAUGCAUCAUCGUCAUCGUGUGGGUCAUCUCAGCUGUGAUUUCGUUCCCUCCGCUCAUCACCAUCGAGAAGGAGAGCGGCAAAAAAGAAGAGCCGAAGUGCAAGAUCAAUGAGGAGAAGUGGUACAUCAUCUCCUCCUGCAUCGGCUCCUUCUUUGCCCCUUGCGUCAUCAUGGUCCUGGUCUACAUCAGGAUCUACCAGAUAGCAAAGAAGAGGACCAGGGUCCCUCCCGGCAAGAGGAACAGCGGCGAAGCCGAUAAGAGGCACAACGGCUACGGCGACAAGGACUUGCCAGUCAAACUCAACGGGGAGAACGCUGAGGGGCCAGGAGGGGAGCAGCAUCAAGAGCCCGAGGCCAAUGGAAUGGACCUGGAGGACUCUUCCUCUUCCGAUCAUCCCGAAGACCGACAGCAGUAUUCCUCCAAGAAGAAGGGGGACAAAGUCAACCGGAGCAAAGGGAAGACCAAACUGAGCCAGAUCAAACCAGGGGACAGCUUGCCUCGGAGAGAGGAGGAGAGCAGCGCCAAAGCCUCCCGGUGGAGGGGCAGGCAGAACCGGGAGAAAAGGUUCACCUUUGUCCUGGCCGUGGUCAUCGGAGUGUUUGUUGUGUGCUGGUUCCCGUUCUUUUUCACCUACUGCCUCAUCGCCAUCUGCAACAAAAGCUGCCACGUCCCUGACACACUCUUCAAAUUUUUCUUCUGGUUUGGCUAUUGUAACAGCUCCCUGAACCCGGUUAUCUAUACCAUCUUCAACCAUGACUUCAGGAGAGCCUUCAAACGGAUUCUGUGCAAAGGGGAGAGGAAAAGAAUCGUGUGACCCCC